UUCGAAUGGUGCCUAACAGUUACAUUUCCUUUGUAGGUGCUCUUCCUCGGUGCGAGCUGUCAACCGAGGACUUUGACACCAUCUGUGUCAUUUAUCAGCUACCUCAAAAGAAGAGGUCUUACCAUAGGCUGAUCCGAAAGAACAUCCACUUCAUUACUCACGAUCUGAUGGCAUCCCAAGACAACUUUAACAAGAAGAUGUUGGUGGGCCCCGACUUCAAGACCAUCCAGAAGAUGAUGGCAGAGGCACGGGCGUUGAAGGCCUCUUCCUCCUCGUACAAAAAGCAGACGGAGGAUUUGGUGGAAGCCAGCAAAAGGCUUCAGCCUCCGACGGAGGAGGAGGUACCGGAGGACCCGGAGGCUGACCUUCGAAGGAAGGGCAAGAAGAGUGCCACCCCUCCAAAACGUCCAACUGUGGCGAGGCCACCCCCAGCUCUGAGGCAGACCACAAUUCCCACCGGGGUGGCCAUUCCGGAGAAAAGGCUUGCCCCAACUGAGCUUGCCACUGCCCCGGCCACAACCUCCCUCACUGCAGUGCCAAUUGAUCAAGUGCCGGGGCAGCAGAAGAGAAAGAGGCCCCGUCCCUCUAAGGAGGUCGACUUUUUGGGCACCAACCCUGAAGAGCCCGUAAGGGAAGUGUUGGAGGCUCUUCCUCCAAAAACGGCUAUGGUAGCGGUGGUCCACAAUAAAUACUGGACAGAGGAGUGGAGGGACCACACCGCCUCCUGCACGGCUGAGGAUUUGGUGGCCGCGAACAGCGCCUGCGUGGCUCAGGCUCUGAGUACAAGCAUCCAGCUUGAGGGCUUGGUGAAGGAUCUGAACUCUAAGAGGGAGGACCUUGCCAAGCGCCUCGAAGAGGCGAUGCAUUAUGGGGAUACCGUGCGAGCGGCCCAGGCCAAAGCCAUGCAGGCGGAGGAGGCGAAGAAGAAGGCUGAGGCCCAGCUAACUGUCGCCAAAGCAGAGGUAGAACGACUGAAGAAGGAGUUGUACGAGGUGGAGUGCCAAGUGGCUGCUGUGACUCAACGGCUUGAUCACGCCAAUGAGUACCACAAGCUCGCCACCGAGGCUCUGGAGGCCUCCAACAAAGAGAAGGCAGAGGCUCAGUAGAUUGCCUCUUUGAAUGAGGAGUUGAAGUCUGCGGGGGAGGUGGCAGUCUAGAACUUCAUAGAUCACUUUGAAGACCAUCCCCUGUAUGACGACUUCGCCAACUUCUAGGCCUCAUGGAGUGCCCAAAGCUUAUUGGGUCGACUGGAGGAGGUGCACCCCACUCUGGACAUCUCUUCAUUGGAGGCAGAGUUCUGGGGGCCAACUAGAGGUCGGCCUGAUAGGCUCGUCAAGGGGGCUCCGGAGGCCCAGGAGGCUGCCAAUGUAGAAGUCCCUCCAGCGGAGUAGGGUUACUUUUUGUAAUGGCUUCGACCUCCUUGUACUUAAACUUAUUCAAUGAAAUGAAAUUUUUGCUAAGUAUUUAGGCUUCUGCUUUUUUGUAUUUUCUAUCUGUUUAUACUUCUAUGAAUGAUAAACGUCAGACUAAUUGCCUCGGGACAAUAACUAGUUAAUAACUGUCGAUCGGACCACUCAAAUUAUAUUAAGUUUAGACACUUAAGUGAGUAUGAAGAGACUCUUAAUGCCAACCUGUUAAUAAUCUGAGAUCGGACCACUUAAGCAAACAUGAAGAGCCUCUUAACGUUAAUCAGCUAAUAAUUGACAAUCGGAUUGCUUAAAUGAACCUUCUGAAAGACUGAGGAAACUAUUUACUAACUGAUGUGGCUCGGAACCGAAGAUUCAUUACAUAGAUAAAUUACAUCACCCUUUACAAAAGCAAUUCCAGCACUUAGGAAAUUUUACGACUGAGAUCAAAUUAGAACAAUCGAUUCAUUAUAACAUACUGAGAUCGGAUCAGAACAAAGUCUCAUUAUUUAUAGUACUUCCUCAAGUGUUCGAUGUUCCACUAAUGAGGCAGUGCCUUUCCUGACAUAUUUUCGAUUUCGAAGGUACCAAGUCGGGAUUCCCAGCGGAUGCGGUAAGGGCCUUCCCAGUUUAGGCCAAACACUCCUGACCCGAUUGGUUUUGAAGAUUGGAAAACUCUUCUGAGGACGACGUCGCCCAAGCAAAGAGUUCUAUUUCUGACCUUGGAGUUGUAAUAGCAGGUUAUCUUUCGAUGAUAUUUUGCCAAGAUCACUUGGGAGGUAUCUCUCUUUUUCUUAAAGAGGUGUAGUUCGCUUAUUCGAGCCUCGUCGUUGCUGAUCUUAUUAAAGUGUAUCCGUUGAUAUGAUGGGACCUCAACCUCGACCGGACUCAUGGCCUCGGCUCCGUAGGUCAUCGAAAAUGGGGUUUCACCGGUUGCAGUCCAGUAAGAAGUCCUGAUAGCCCAGAGGAUGUGGGGGAGUUCGUCAACCCAGGCCCCCUUUGAGGUAUCAAGUUUUCUUUUCAGGGUGUGUUUGAUAGUCUUGUUCACUGCUUCAACUUGCCCAUUUGCUUGGGGAUGA